AUGUCAAACAAGGUAGAGCUGAACAAAUAUGGACGACCCGUAGGAUGGCAUGGGCAAUCCUGGGCGUACUACAAAGGGAUGAUGAAACUGACCUUUGAGGAAAAGGAUGUGCUGGAUUAUGCUACGGGAAACAAGAUUCUCGUAGGUAACGCAAGUGCAAACGAAGUGAAAGCGUUUCGAGAGGCACAAGUAACAAUCAAGCAGCUUAUUCUUGCUUCCCUAUCCAUGGAGUUGGGGCUGCGUGUGAUGACGAAAGCAACUGGAACCGAGAUGUGGAAAUACUUAGAAGACUUUUACGAGGGAAAGACUAAUGCUGCAACGAGAACAAACCAAGAAAUUAUUCUUUACAACAAGUUAAACGCGAUGAAGUGCAAACCUACUUGGGACGUUGCGCAACACGUGGAAAGCGUCAAUUUCCCGCAAAUAAGGAAUGUUCGCAUUGAGUUCUUACCAAACCCACCUCAUGGAUCACACUUGAACCUGUGUGAGAGAGCACACCAAACCCUAAUUCACAUGAUGAAGGCAAUGAUGGCGUCCGCAAAGCUACCAAAAUCGUUUUGGAUGCAUGCGCUUGAGAUGGCUACAAGCCAAACCUACUCAGCAAUCGAGUCAUCACCAAAGUUUGAAUUAGUUGAUGUGGAUUUAGUGGAGACCAAAAUUGAUAUUCCUGUAAUUCGGGAUACACUCGAUCUGAGUAAUCAGAGCCCUAUGUGUGCCAAUACCAGUGAUGAUGCAAUUCAAGAACAUCAUACAAGCAAGCCCUCUAGCUUGGAAAGUGAAACGACCCACGAUACCGAAACAGAUGUUGACAGCCAAUCAGCUGCCGAAAAUUGCGACAAGGUGAGUUGUGACUAUCGGUCAGAGACAUCCGACACUAGUAAUAUCGAGAAUGAGGAUGAAAAUGUACAUGCAGAUACGGAACUACCUACCACCUCCAAGGAUACAGUACAUUCACGCGAGGGUGACACGACGAGUGAGUCCAGCAAUGACCUGAUGGAUACGUGUAUGAUUCCCGAAAUAAUUACUGGAGAACGUAGGAAAGUUUUGGAUGCGGAGCUAGAGGAUGUCCAAGAGAUCAAACGACGGCGCGAUAACAAAGGAAGGCCACAGAAAAUGGUCUUACGCCAGUCAACAGAGCGCCAAUACCCGUCGUGGCUUGAGGAGUACCUCGUGAAUGCUGCACUCCAUGAAAAUAGCGAAAGUCUUACAGCGAACCAUAGAUGGCGAGCAAAUGAGACCAAGAUUCCCAAAAGCUUUACUGAAGCGAUGAAGACGCCGCAAAAAGACGAAUGGUAUCAUGGUAUGGAGAACGAGGUGAACGCCAUGUUUUCUAAGGGAGUACUGGUUCCGAUAGAUGAAGCAGAAGCCCCGGCGAAGGCAAACAAAUUAGGAUUAAUGUGGAGAUUCCAAGUGAAGACUGAUGACCAAGAAUUCAUUACUCGUUUUCGUCCUAGACUUGUAGGAUUAGGAAACCAUCAGCAGCCAGGAAUUGACUACGUGGAAUCAUUUUCGCCUGUCGCACGGAUUGUUACCUUUCGAGUGUUGGUGGCACUAGCCACAAAAUUCGGACUGGUUUUAUAUCAAGGAGAUGUACAAACAGCAUACUUGAAUGCGAAUUUACAGAUCAGGCAAUAUGUCCGAAAUAUACCAGGAUUCCCUCAACCCCCAGGAAUCAUCUAUCGAGUGGACAGAGCGCUCUAUGGCUUGCAUCAGUCAGGAGCCGAAUGGAAUGAAGAGAUUGAUAACUGGUUGGUCACUCAAGAGUUCAAACGUAGUGAGACUGAGCCUUGUCUUUACUUCUACUGCAAACAUGCAAUACUGGCUCUUCUCAUGUUAUACGUCGACGAUGUGGUAUUAGCGACUGAUUCUAAGGCAUAUAAGGCAUCGUUUUUUGAAGCCAUCGACGCGAAAUAUGGUUUUCAAGAUGGAGGAAAGCUGCACUAUUUUUUAGGCAUCAAUGUCGAGCAAGAUGAGACGGACACGUAUAUUCACCAAACGAAAUAUUGCAAGGAAGUCCUCGAGAAAGUUGGCUUUGGCGAAGCACACGGUAGUGCAACUCCUAUGGAGACCAACACUAGAUACAGGAACGAAGUAAUAUAUAUCUUUGAGUGUCAAGAGAUAUAUCUCUAUAUCUAG